AUGUGGGCGAAUUGUGUAUUGUAAAGAUAAAAACAAAUUGGCAUGACAUUGAUAAACAGUUAAUACGAAUUGUUUAAGUAUUACAACAAAUUUAAAGCAUUUGUAAAAAUACUAUGACUUGACGAGGAAAGAGUAUUUUUAUUUUGUUCGGGUUUCGUAGUCAUGGUCGACGAACACAGCAGUGAUGAAUCAGAUAGUGAUUUUGAUCGGCCCCAAUUGCAAGGUACCCUUCACAAGUGGACAAAUUAUAUUCAUGGAUGGCAAGAUCGUUACAUUGUUUUAAAAAAUGGUACGUUGUCGUAUUAUAAAAGUGAGCAUGAAAGUGGCUAUGGAUGCAGGGGAGCAAUUUCAUUGGCUAAAGCAACAAUAAAACCGCAUGAAUUUGAUGAGUGCAGGUUUGAUGUAUCAGUUAAUGAUUGUGUGUGGUACCUACGUGCAGAUAGUGUUGAAAGCCGACAACAAUGGAUUGAUGCUCUAGAGCUUUGUAAGGGUGAAUCGGGCUAUGGAACUGGUUCAGAAAACAGUUUAAAACGACAUGGAUCUACAGUUAGUUUACAGUCCACUACCUUCAGUACUGCAUCAUCAAACAGUUUUAAGAAGUCUACACGAAAUUUACGCGAAAAACUGGCAGAAAUGGAAACGUUUAAAGAUAUCCUUUGUAAUCAAAUAGAUAAGUUGCAACAGUAUUUUGAUAAAUGUGCUGAAAAUGAAAAUUAUAAUUGUAAUGGAGCCAAAACAUCCCCAAAAAUCAAAGAUGAAAAAGCAGUAGUAGAUUUUCGUGGUGAAGCUUUAACAUUUAGGGCUACAACAGCUGGUUUGUUGGAUACCUUAGCGCAUUGUAUAGAGUUGGUGUCACAGAGAGAAGAAGCUUGGCGAAAACGUUUAGAAAAAGAAUGUGACAGACGUAGGCAUACUGAAAAUAUUGCUAGAUCAUAUUUUGAUCAACUUCAGAAAGUUCGCAAUGCUCACCCAGGUCCAGAUCUGGAGGAAGGACCGCAUAGUGUUAUUGGAGACGAUGAAUUUUAUGACGCUGUCGAAUCCGGACUCGACAAGAUAGAGGAAGAACAAGAACUGAGGGGAAGAAUACUGAGUGGUAUGGCUGUGCCUGUUACCCCUCCACCAACUUCGCCAAUGGUGCAGCAUCACUUAACUGCAGAAGUAGAUGCGGUGGUGAAACAGCAAGUUGCCAUGGCCCGAUUGGGGGUUGGAGAAUGUGGUACCGGUUGGCAACUCUUCGCGGAAGACGGAGAAAUGCGAAUGUAUCGCAGGGAACAGGAAGUUGACGGUAUGGUUGUAGAUCCUCUCAAAGCCGUGCACACUGUCAAGGGCAUCACUGGGCAUGAGGUCUGCCACUAUUUCUUCAGUCCACAAUACAGAUACGAUUGGGAAACUACAUUAGAGCACAUGAACGUUGUAGAGACUAUAUCUGAGGACACGUUGGUUUUUUAUCAGUUACAUAAACGCAUCUGGCCAGCCAGUCAGAGGGAUGUGGUGUUUUGGUCGCACAUACGUCAUUUGCCUAAUGAUCAAGACCGUGAUGGGCCGCAUAUAUGGACAGUGGUUAAUCAGUCUACAGAACAUCCAGAGUAUCCGGGAUGUUCAGGAAAGACCGUGAGAAUAUACUUGACCGUGUGCUUGCUUUGUCAGACCAUUGUUAAUCCUCCAAAAGAUGGGGCCCCAAUAUCAAGAAACGACAUUUCAUGUAAAAUUACUUACUGUUCUGUUGUAAAUCCUGGUGGUUGGGCUCCAGCAUCAGUUUUGAGAGCUGUCUAUAAAAGGGAAUACCCGAAAUUUCUGAAACGUUUUACGGCUUACGUUAUAAAUCAGUCUAAAAAUAAGCCAAUUAUGUUCUAAUGACACACAAGCCACGUGCAUAAAUGUAUCAUAUUGUCUUGUGCUACUCUGUAAGAAAACCACGCUAUUAUUUGUAUUAUUGUUGUUACAAUGUGUAAAUGUCUUUCACUUGAUAUUUUUUAUUUGUAAAGUAUUGUCAGAAUCAAAAAUAUAUAUACAGUUUCUCUAAUUUA